UUCUUGGAGCGUAUGUCGGCGAUAGGAAGUGGUGCCACUGGGUUCAUUUCAUCCAAUUCCUAUCCUAACAAAGAUCCAGUGGUGAACUUCAUCGACUCAUUUGACUGGUCAUCAACUGCUCUGGGUCCAAUGAAUUUGUGGUCUCCUUCUAUGAGAGCAACGGUGGAACUAUGUCUGAACACCGAAUUUCCCUCUGCGGUAUACCAAGGGCCCGAGCUGAUUUUUAUAUGCAAUCAAGCGUGGAAAACCAUAUUAAAAUCGAAAGAUCCGAUAGGUCUUCCUGUCGAUAAAGUCCCUUCAGGAGUUCAUCUCCUUUUACAACCGUUGUUAGAAGAGGUUCUUUCCACCGGCAAAAAUCAGUUUAGCAACGAUACUCCCCUACUUGUGCGGCGAGAAGAUGGCAUCAUAGAAUGCUACCUCUCAUUUACCUUGAGUCCUAUAUUUAAAGAGGACAGAACUGUAGGUGGUGUGAUUGUUAUUGCCCAGGAAACGACUCAACAAGUUUUAGCUACCAGAGAGCUAAAAACUUUAAGGAAACUAGGAAGUCAAGCGUUUGACGCAAAAUCGUUGGAGAGCGCUUGUCAUCUUAUAACUUCUACCUUACGUGAUAAUAACGACAUCACUUUUGCCCUAGUCUAUAUUGUCGAUGAUCAGCCGGAUGCAUAUGGUAAAAUUGCGCGUCUGAUGGCCACAACUUUCGAUGAAGACAUUAAAACGGUGAAAAACGAUAAUACGAUUAGUGAGUUGGCCUUCAUUGAAGGAGAGUCAAAAAGAGAAUUACCAGAUUAUCUAUUAGAAACUUGUAAUGUGAUAACUCUCGGCGGCUUUAACGCAAAUGAAAUAAAUAAUGACGUAUCUAGGGUAUCAUCUGAAUUGGACGCGAAUUAUUUUAAACUAUCCUCAUGGCCAAUUGGUCAGGUGGCAAGAUCAAAUUCCCAUUUGUUCGUUACUCUGAAAAACGGUUCUCGGGCAAUCCUUUUACCGGUUUACACGUCUCCGGUGGGAGAGGCAACAUUAACUGCCUUAAUCAUCUGUGGCCUCAAUCAACGUCGCCCUCUUGAUCAAGAAUACUUGACAUUUCUGCAGCUUGUCACCAACCAAGUAGGUUUAAGCUUAACACACGGUAUAUUGCGUGAAGAGGUCGAAAUUUUUGAAGAUUUAGAUCACAAAAAGAAGUCAUUUUUUCAGAAUAUCAGUCAUGAGUUGAGAACGCCGUUAACAUUAAUGCUUUCACCGCUUGAGGAAAUAAUCAACGCUCGUCCUCCAGAAUCACCUAGUCACUCCAAUUUACAGAUGCUUAACCGCAAUGCCUGUCGGCUGCUUAAAUUAAUCGAUGUGGGCGAAUUGGAGCCUCUAUUCAAGGAGACCGAUAUCGUAAAAUGUACCCUUGAACUAGUUUCGAGUUUCGAAAAUGCGGCAAAAUUAUUAAAACUGGAUUAUCUCAUUGAGAUUCCGAGUCACGAGGAACUUUACGGUAGAUUGAAAUCCAAAGUAUUUAUAGACAGGGGAAUGUAUGAAAGGAUUUUGCUUAAUUUAUUUUCAAACACGUUUAACCACACCUGGACCGGCGGUGUGGCAGUCCGUCUCUAUCCAGAUUACCAAAACGGAAGGGAGGCGAUCAUAUUAGAGAUCUCAGACACGGGCACCGAAAUUCCCGAAGAUGACAUCCCGAGUUUAUUUCAACGCUUUUAUCGCGUCAAGUCAAGGCAAUCUCGGUACCGCAAAGGUGUCGGCACAGGUCUUGCAUUUAUAAAGGAAUUGGUGGCAAAACACGGUGGUGAAAUCCUUGUGUACCCCGAGCUACCCGACUCGAUCCUGAGCGGUGAGGAAUAUAUUUAUGUUCAUAAAACAUCCCAAGUUGUAUCUAACAUUUCGAUAGACAUCAAGGUACCAAAUGUGAAUGUCCUAAAUACUCUCAGGUCAGAUCCGGAAACUCGGUUUAUCCCCGUGAUCUCAUUGUCUGUGGGUGAGAGUGCCAGCGUAGAAGAAGAAGAGGUCGAUGACUAUUUGAUAAAACCAUUUUGUGCUAUGGAGUUGAUUAUUCGGAUCAGGGCCAAUAUUAAGCUCUCGCGGGUUCGCCGGAAAUAUUCAUUGCAACAAAAAUGGCAGUCUGAGACCAGAGAACUAAUAUCCUCCAUAAGUCAUAAAAUUCGCUCUGGAUUUAAUGUAGAAGAAGUAACCACCUCGGCCGUUAAGCAAAUUCAUGGAAUAUUACCCAGCGAUAGGGUGCUUGUUAUUUACACCAAUUCUGACAAUUACGAGGAUUUUCAUAUAAUGGCUUUAUCGUCUACCGAUCCAAAUGAACAUGACCUUGUGGGAAGGCGGGUAGAUACCGUGGUCGGAGAGAAAGACGUAGAUCCUACCAACAUUCAUAUGGAAUCAAUUACGGAGGUAUAUCAGAGGCUUCGAUUUUCCGACAGUACCAUCAUGAUAGCCACGAAUACCUAUUCCAGAUUGGUUGGAUGUUACGUUUCUUUGAUCUUCAUGCCGAUUAAAACAAACUCUUCAAAUUGGGGAUGGUUAUUUGCUUAUAGGCCGCCGAAUAGCAUUUGGUCAGAUUCUGAGAAAGAAUUCAUCGAACAAUGCUCGAUUCAAAUGGGUUUGGCGAUUACGCACGCAAUGCUCGUGGAAGAAAAGCAGAAAAAAGAAGCUCAAAUGGAGGCCGCGAAAGCGGCUAAUGAAGCUAAAAUACAAAUUUUAGCCAACACCUCACACGGGGCAAUUAUAGGUGUAUUGUCGGCAUUUGAAAAUACUCCGUUGACCAAGGAUCAAAAAGAAAUGGUUCACAUAAUGAUGCGUGCAUCCGACGUCGUUCUUGCGGUGGUUAACGACAUUCUCGACGCCGCAAAGCUUGAGGCGCAAAAGAUAAUGCUGGUAGAUAAAAAGUUUGACCUACUUCACUUGGUCGAGGAGACCCUUGAUAUGCUCGGGGAAAGGGCCGGAAAUAAGAAGAUUGAACUGAUUUUAUGUUGGGAUCAUACUUUACCCAGAUACGUAAAAUCAGAUCCUUAUAGGUACGUGACGAGCGUUGCACGCGAACAGAUAAGAAUGAGAAUUAACAACGCGACACCUUAA